AUGACUUCCGUAGCUAGGGCCCAGCAAGCGCCAUCUAAUGCUACAUUCAAAGAUAAGGAAAAGCCUCAAGAAGUGCGUAGGGCCAACAUUUUGGCAGCAAGAGCGGUAUCUGAUGCAAUUAGAACUUCAUUGGGUCCAAAAGGAAUGGACAAGAUGAUCAGAACUGGCAAAGGUGAAAUCAUCAUUUCCAAUGAUGGAGCCACAAUCUUGAAACAUAUGGCAGUCUUGCAUCCCGCCGCCAAAAUGCUUGUCGACGUGAGUCACGCACAAGAUGUGGAGGCAGGUGAUGGAACGACAACAGUUGCCAUUUUAACCGGUGCAUUAUUAGGAGCUGCAGAAAGGCUAUUGAACAAAGGCAUACAUCCUACAUUGAUUGCCGAAUCGUUUCAAAGGGCCGCUCAACGCAGUGUUGAAAUACUUUUGGACAUGUCUUCCAAGAUCAAGUUGGAGGAUAGAGAGUUGUUGAUCAAGGCAGCCUCAACCUCAUUAAGUUCGAAAAUUGUGUCACAACACUCACUGUUGUUGGCUCCUUUGGCAGUGGAUUCAGUCUUGAAAGUCAUCAAUAAUGAAAAGAACAACGUUGAUUUGAACGACAUUCGUUUGGUGAAGAAAUUGGGAGGCACAAUUGAUGACACCGAAUUGAUCAAUGGAGUCGUAUUGACGCAAAAUGUCGUGAAAAGUGCCGGAGGACCCACCAGGAUAGAGAAAGCCAAGAUUGGUUUAAUUCAGUUUCAAUUGUCACCACCAAAGCCAGAUAUGGAAAACAACGUUGUAGUUAAUGACUACAGACAAAUGGAUAAAAUUUUGAAGGAGGAAAGAGCAUACUUGUUGAACAUAUGUAAAAAGAUUAAAAAAGCCAAGUGUAACGUGUUAUUGAUACAAAAGUCUAUACUUAGGGAUGCCGUCAAUGACUUGGCCUUACACUUUUUAUCAAAGUUAAACAUCUUAGUUAUCAAGGACAUUGAAAGAGAUGAAGUUGAAUUUUUGUCCAAGGCCGUUGGUUGUAAACCUAUUGCCGAUGUGGAUAACUUCACCGAAGAUAGGUUAGGCUCAGCUGACUUGGUUGAAGAAAUCGAAAGCUCGAGUUCUAAAGUUGUCCAAAUUACUGGCAUCACGUCGAAAAACACGCAGCCUACUGUCUCUAUUGUUGUCAGAGGGGCCAACAAUUUGGUGGUUGAUGAAGCAGAGAGAUCUCUACACGAUGCAUUGUGUGUUAUUAGGUGCUUGGUUAAAGAAAAAGCGUUAAUAGCCGGAGGUGGUGCUCCUGAAAUCGAAGUGUCAAGACAGUUGAUGAAGGAGUCGAAUAAAUUAUUCGGAGUCGAACAAUUCGUUUACCAAGAAUUUGCUCUUGCGUUGGAGGUGAUACCCACGACAUUAGCCGAGAACGCUGGUUUGAAUCCUAUAAAUGUUGUCACUGAUUUGAGAAAUAGACACGAAAAUGGAGAAAAGAACGCUGGAAUCUCGGUAAGGAGAUCAGGUGCUUCAAACACAUUUGACGAACACGUUUUGCAGCCAGUCUUGGUCAGUACAAGCGCUAUUGUUUUAGCAUCAGAGUGUGUAAAAUCUAUUUUAAGAAUUGAUGAUAUUCAAUUCAGUCGUUAA